UACUUUUUAUUCCCUCAAAUCGCCAUCUAGAUCUCCUUCUACCUUAAGAUUCGUUCUGAUCAUCCUCUCUGUUUGUCUCUCCUUCAAUCUCUUCAUCUGCAAUACACACCGAUGACUUCUCAAGAGAAAGGUCAACCAUUGCCCAAAUUUGGUGAAUGGGAUGUGAAUGAUCCAGCCUCAGCAGACGGGUACACAGUUAUAUUUGCCAACGCUAGAGAUGAGAAGAAAGCCACUGGGACUGCGGCCAGUUCUGCACCAGCAUCAUCACCCAGAGCUGAAGCUACGUCUAGACAAAAUGACUCAUGUCAGCAAGAUCCAACGAAAAAGAGGUUUUGCUGUUUCUGAAACCUGGAUAUUUCUGUAGCUGCCAGUUGUGAAACAAAAGGCAAAUCUUCAAUUGCAGUUCAAGCAUGCGAGUCUAGUUGUAGAAGUGGAGGAAUGCAUGUUGCUUCUUAUUUUCUGAUCAUUUUCUGUAGUGAUAUAUGUAGCAUAAUGCUUCUUCAAAUCUCUUCCUACAUGGAUUCUAGGAAGAGACGUCAUAUCUCAGAAACACACUUUCUUGUGCUUUAACAACUA